AUGACUCAUAUAACUGUUUUGACUAAAAAAUGUACGAAUACAGAAUCUUAUGAUGAAAAUAUUGUUCAAUUAGAAUUGGAAAUCGAUGAGUGUCAUAAAAAAUGUGAAAAAAAAACCGAAACUGCAGACAAAAUUCAAUCACAAUUAUUAUCAAAUGUAGAACAACCUGAAGCCAUAUUACCGAAAAAAACGAAUGCACAAGAAAGAAAUGGAGAGCAGAUACACAAGGAAUUAUCUGUUAAAACAGGCGUAUCUUCUCAGGACCAACAUGAUUUCCAAAUUUCAUCUGAUACUAUGGGAAAUGGAAAUCAUGCAUAUGCAUUACCAGAUAAUAGUGUGUGUAAUAAGAUUGAGCACGCAGAGUCAUCAACACAACAUUUAUCCUUCUCAUGUCAUACACCAAAUAGUUUAUUGCAUACAAAAGCAACUUUUUCAUCUGUGGAAAGUGGCAACGAAAGUGAAAUUGGUUUAACUGAUAUUCCUGAAAAAAAUCUUUCAGAAAUGCACCCUCCUCAAAAAGAACCACGUGAGAAUACAGAUACAAGUAGUAUAUCUGAAAAUGUUAUGCACGCUGUGAAUGAAUCUUAUAAUGAUAAAACACUUCAUGAAGUUGAAAUGAGUAAUGAACAAUCCGUCCAUGUAAUUCCAAGUACUCCUUCUCUUAAUAAUAAGGAAUCUCUUUGUUCCAAUGUUAUAUGCCUCAUGUUCCUUCCACUGAAAGUACUAGAACAUAUACUUUUAGCAAUGCACAUAUUAACCCAGAUUGAUGAAAAUACUAUUAAGAACCCACAGUCUAUACAAAAUAAAAUAGGUAUGACAGCAGGCAACGGCAAGGUGAAUAAGAUGAGCCAGAUCCAUACGGCGAAUAGUGAAACUCAUCCAAAUAAAGAACAGUCAGGUAAAGAUGAUCAUGUUCAUGUAGUUAUUUUACAUCCCAGCUAUGAACUAUCGAAACAAAAUUAG